CUUCAUCCAAGUAGAGCUUACACGCACCACUGUUCUGUGUUCACAGCUCCGCCAUUUGUAAACACAGACAGUGAGCCAUACAUGGCGUCCCAGGCCAUCGAGAGCAACCGCGCUGGUGCUGAGGUCGUCACCGGAGGAGACGCCAUCUGCCGGAAGAAGUCUGUGGAACUGUUGGAGGAGCUCGGCCUUCCCAAGGGCCUCCUGCCCAUGGAGGACAUCAAGGAGUUCGGGUACAACCGUGCCACGGGCUUCAUGUGGCUGCUCCAGGGGAAGAAGAAGGUGGAGCACACCUUCAAGAAGAUCAAGCAGACCGUAUCGUACGCCGCCGAGGUGACAGUGUUCGCCGAGAAGGGCAAGCUGAGCAAGAUCACCGGCGUCAAGACCAAGGAGCUGAUGCUGUGGCUUACCGUCGUCGAGGUCUAUGUCCCAGAGGCGUCGCUGGAGAAAGUCACCUUCAAGACUGGCACCGGCCUCUCCGACACCUUCGACGCCGCUGCUUUUGCUCUUGGGGAAUGAGUCGCCGAACUGAUAGCAUGUGAACCUCAAGCCUGCUUAAAUCUGAAGAUGCUACGCUAAAGGGCACCGCUAGUUUAUGGUCAACCGUAGGGAUAGGCGAUCUCACGACCGUUAUGUUUUUUUCCGUUUUGGGUAAAUUUUUGUCGUUUUUUGAUAAAAAA